AUGAAUAUGGUGAAGGUUGAUAUACAGGACAGAGAGACCAUCAAACCAUCCUCACCAACACCACAGAACCUCAAAUUCUUCAAGCUUUCCCUCCUAGACCAAAUUGCACCUCCAGAGUACGUGCCAAGGAUAUUUUACUAUGCAUGCAACACUACAAAACCAAAGUUCAUCAAACCCCAGGAGCGAAUUAAUCAGCUAAAAAUAUCGCUAUCACAAGCCUUAACUCUUAUCUAUCCACUUGCUGGAAGGGUCAGAGAGAACCUUUUCAUUGAGUGUAAUGAUGAGGGGGUGGACUUUUUAGAAGCCAAAGUGAACUGCACACUCUUGGAGAUUCUCAAUCAGCCUGAAGUUAGUAUGCUUGAUCAAUUCCUUCCUCAUGAUUAUCAUUGCAAUAAAUCAUCCAUGGAAGCCCAAUUGGCCAUUCAGGUUAAUAUUUUUAGCUGUGGAGGAAUGGCUAUUGGUACAUGCGCAUUGCACAAGAUUGUUGAUGGAGGCACAUUUUCUUCAUUUCUCAACAUGUGGGCUGAAAUCACUAGGGGUGCUGGUGAUUAUUUGUCUCCAAUCUUUCCAGGGCCAAAUCUCUUCCCACCAAGAGAUUUAUCAGGCUUAGUGCCAAGGUUUGAAGUACCGAAAGCAAAGUGCAUUACAAAAAGAUUUGUGUUCUCGGGCUCAAAGAUCGCUUCACUAAAGGAAAUAAUAACUGCUAGCAACACUAAUAAUCCAACCCGCAUUGAAGUGGUGUCAGCACUAAUAUGGAAAUGUGCAAUGGAAGUGUCUAAAGCAAGAUCAGGGUCCUUAAGUCCUUCUAUUAUGACACAUGCUGUGGAUUUACAUCCAAGAAAUGAUCCACCCCUACCAAAAUGUGCUGCAGGGAAUCUUUCUUGGUUGGCAAUUGCGCCGGCACCAACAAUGGAGAGGCCUAGAGAGUUGCAUCAUCUGGCAAAUGAAAUCCGAAAUGCAAUAAAGAAAAUAGACAAGGAAUACAUAAGGAAGAUGCAAGGUGAAAAUGGGUUUUCAGUGAUGAGUGAUUCUCUUAAACAAAGUGGAGAACUAGUACCAAAAAAUGUUGAAGUAUUCAGGUUCAUUAAUUGGGCCAAUUACCGACUAUAUGAAGCUGAUUUUGGUUGGGGAAAGCCUUUUUGGGUAAGUACGGCUGCAUUGGCGUUCAAGAACAUUAUAAUCUUCAUUGAAACGAGACUAAAUUCUGGACUUGAAGCAUGGGUGACCAUGGAAGAGCAAGACAUGGAUAUUUUUGAGCAAAAUCAAGAGCUUCGAUCCUUUGUUUCCUCCAUUGAGUAUGUUUAA